GGGCCGGGCCGGGCCGGGCAGGGCGCUGCAAUAUGGCGGCGGCGUCGGCGUCGGAAGGGGAGAGCCUGGAAUCGUGGCUGAACAAGGCCACCAACCCAUCCAAUCGCCAGGAGGACUGGGAGUACGUCAUAGGCUUCUGCGACCAGAUCAACAAAGAGCUCGAGGGCCCCCAGAUCGCAGUCCGGCUGCUGGCACACAAGAUCCAGUCGCCGCAGGAAUGGGAGGCCGUCCAGGCCCUCACCGUCCUGGAGGCGGGAAUGAAAAACUGCGGCCGGCGUUUCCACAGCGAAGUGGGGAAGUUCCGCUUCCUGAAUGAGCUGAUCAAAGUCGUCUCCCCAAAAUACCUGGGGGAUCGGGUCUCGGAGAAAGUGAAGGCCAAGGUCAUCGAACUGCUGUUCAGCUGGACCGUAGCCCUGCCUGAGGAGUCCAAAAUCAAGGACGCCUACCAGAUGCUGAAAAGGCAAGGGAUCGUGCUGUCUGACCCGCUGAUCCCCGUGGACCGGACCCUCAUCCCCUCCCCUCCUCCUCGUCCAAAGAACCCCGUGUUUGACGAUGAGGAGAAGUCCAAGCUCCUGGCCAAGCUGCUAAAAAGCAAAAACCCGGACGAUCUGCAGGAGGCCAACAAACUGAUCAAGUCCAUGGUGAAAGAGGACGAGGCUCGGAUCCAGAAGGUGACCAGGAGGCUGCACACGCUGGAAGAGGUCAGCAACAACGUGAAGCUCCUGAACGAGAUGCUGCUGCACUACAGCAAGGAGCACUCCGCCCCAGCCGACAGGGAGCUCAUGAAGGAGCUGUACGACAGGUGUGAGGCCAAGAGACGAGCCCUGUUCAGACUGGCCAGCGAGACCGAGGACGACGAUGGCAGUCUGGGGGACAUCCUGCAGGCCAGCGACAACCUGUCCCAAGUCAUCGCCUCCUACAAGAGGGUCGUCGAAGGGCAGGUGGUCAACGGUGAGCCGGAGACGGCCGACCCCACGCCCGCCUCCGAAGGACCCCACCCCCCCGACAGCCUCAUCGACCUCUCGGGUCUGGACGGGAGCUGCGGCACGAACCCGCCCGGAGCCCCGGAGCCCAGCCCUCCCCCCGCGGACAUUCCCAUCCUCCCCCCGCCGCCCGCGGCCGGACCCCGCAGCCGCUCAUCCAGUCAGACCGAGCCCGGCCCCGGGACCCCUGCCCCCACCGCCGCCAUCUCCCUGUUGGACGAAGAGCUGCUGUGCUUGGGCCUGGCCGACCCCGCCCCUGGCACGGCUCUCGGCGAGGCUGUAGGAAGCAGCCAGUGGGACCUGUUUCAGAACGAACAGCUGGACCUGGACCCGUUCGGCCGCCCAACGGCGAGCGGCCUGGGCCCCGGCGGCUCUCCGGGCCGGGCCUUGUUCCAGCCGUCGGUGCAGCCCACGGGGGCCUCCCCGGCCCUCCGGCCCCCCGCCUUCCCAGCCUCCCUCCUCCUCCCCGCGGGUUCGCCGGCCGCCACUGCCUCCCCCCCGAGGGCCGGGCCCGCGGCUCCCCCGGCCCGGCUUGACCCCCUGGAGCAGCUUCUGGAAGGAGCCCGAGGGUCGGGCGGCUCCCUGGCCAGCGUCGCCCCUUCAUCGCCGGCCGCCCGGGCCAGGUCUGCGACCGCCGCCCCCGCAGGACCUCCCCUGCCUCUCGCGGCCGGCCCCGGCAGCCCCCUGUUCCCGCUGCCCGGCAGUCCCCUGCGGACCACCGAGCUCUCCCUGGCCAACGUCCACGUGCCCCUGGAAGCCAUCAGACCCAGCAGCGUCCUCCCCGUGACCGCCUACGACAAGGACGGCUUCCGCAUCCUGUUCCACUUCGCCAAGGAGUGUCCCCCCGGCCGGCCGGAUGUGCUGGUGGUCGUGGUGUCCAUGCUCAACACGGCCCCGCUGCCCGUCACGAGCAUCCUGCUGCAGGCAGCCGUGCCCAAGUCCAUGAGGGUGAAGUUGCAGCCGCCGUCCGGGACGGAGCUGUCCCCUUUCAGCCCCAUCCAGCCCCCCGCGGCCCUGACCCAGGUCAUGCUGCUGGCCAACCCGCUCGGGGAGAAGGUGAGGCUCCGCUACCGCUUGACCUUCACCCUGGGGGAGCAGCUGAGCACGGAGGUGGGUGAAGUGGACCAGUUCCCGGCACCGGAGCAGUGGGGGAACCUAUGACCCAAAGGGCCGGAAGGGCCACCCCAGGGGACGGGAGGGGAGAGGACAGGGCUGCCCGGCUCCACCCACCCUCGGGCCGGAGGAGCGGGAGCCUGCGUGCGGUAAGAUGAGCUGGAAUGCCCGCCCCAAGGGAGUGUUGGGGAGGAGGGAGAGGCUGCCACCCCAGUCCUGGGAGCAGUAUUAACCCCCACCCGCCCCUGGCCGAGCACUGCCCCUGGCCACAGGCCGCCGUGGCCUCGUGGGUGCCGGGCAGGGGCAGGGGAGCGGCCGCCGGGGAGCUGGCGGUGCCGUGAGCUGGCCCCUUGACGGGGCAGCGGCCAGGCCCGACAGAUGGCCAGAGUGGUGAUGUCUCACAGAGAGGUCAGCCGCCCCCUCCCCGCUAAGGCCAACUGGAUGUUGGACUCAGAUUGUGCUGCUCUAGGAAGGGGAGUGGCGAGGGAGGGGGGGCUCGAAGAGCAGCCGUGGGGCCGGAGCAGGGGCCCUAGGGCCCCGCCAGUCGGGAAUGGGAGCCAUCCACGGCUGCGGCGCUCUCUCCCACGCAGCCAGACCGGAGCCGGGCCGCGCUGCUUCUGUUCUGCUGCAUGUUCAAUAAAUCGCCUUUCCUACA